GCUCCACGUGGCGCGCGCUGCCCCUUCCCGCCCCCUCCCUUCGGGGCGCGCCGCGCGCGCCCGGAAUCCACGAUUUCUUCUGGUUUGUGGCAUUAAUGCUGAGGAAAGGGGAAAUAAGGUCACCAGGUGCCUUAGCCGGAGGAACUAGGGGGCGGGAGGCUGGAGGAGUCUGUGAAGCCGGAGAACGGCCGGGAAAGGAGGGGACAGGUUUCUGGGCGGCGCUAAGUCCAGGAGGGGGCGCGGUCACCGCUGAGGCGUCCCGCUCACCCAGGGUGAAGCUACCUUCUCUGGGUUUGUCGUCCUCCGGACCUCCAGACAUGUUCGAGGUGAAGAGCCGGAAGAAGUCGGGACCCAAGGGAGCCCCCUCGGAGCCGGGGAAGCGGAGCGACGGUGGGAAGAACCCCGAGGCCCGGGGCGGUGGAGGCGGGGGCUGGGCGGACCCCCGGACCGGCGUGAGCCUGCUGUCGCUGGGGACGUGCCUGGGCCUGGCCUGGUUUGUAUUUCAGCAGUCGGAAAAGUUUGCAAAGGUGGAAAGCCAAUACCAGUUACUGAAAAUAGAAACCAACAAGUUCCAAGGACUUCAAAGUAAAAUCAGUUUAAUUUCAGAAAAGCUUGAGUCUACUGAAAGUAUCCUGCAGGAAGCUACAUCAUCCAUGUCCUUGGUGACCCAGUUUGAGCAGGAAGUAUCCAGCCUGCAAAGUACCAUGCAUGACAUUCAAAAUAGUGAAGAGCUGCUCACCCAAAAGAUGCAAAGCCUUAAUGAGAAAUUCCAGAAUGUUUCAGAUUUCUGGAAAAGAAGCCUAGAUGAAAUGAAUGUUAAUACAGACACUUUCAAAUCAGAAUCAAAACACAUACAUUCUCAAGUUACUGUCCAAAUUAACUCAGCUGAACAAGAAAUAAAAUUGCUCACUGAAAGGCUAAAAGAUUUGGAAGAUAGCACACUAAGAAAUAUUAGAACAGUAAAAAGACAAGAAGAAGAGGAUCUUCUGCGAGUAGAAGAGCAGCUUGGCUCUGAUACAAAAGCAGUUGAAAAGUUAGAAGAGGAACAGCAUGCUCUCUUUGCCAGAGAUGAAGACCUGACUCAUAAGCUUUCCAGCUAUGAACCCAAAGUUGAAGAAUGCAAGACACAUUUGCCAGCAAUUGAAAGUGCUGUUCGCUCUGUUCUCAGGGUCUCUCAGGAUCUGAUAGGGACAGAAAAAAAAAUAGAAGACUUGACUACUCAGAUGUUUAAUAUGGAAGAUGAUAUGCUGAAAGCAGUAUCUGAAAUAAUGGAGAUGCAGAAAACCCUUGAAGGAAUUCAGUAUGAUAAUAGCAUAUUAAAGAUGCAAAAUGAACUGGAUGUUCUAAAAGGAAAAGUUCAUGAUUUUAUGGUAUAUUCAAAUACAAGAGAAAAGGGAACUUUAGAAGAAUAUAAUCUAGAAAAUAAAGGAAUUGAUAAUGAUUUUUAAAUGCACUACAUUUAUUUUGAUGACCAUAUUGUUAUACGUAAACUUAUUGUUUCCAUGCUUUUAUGUUAUUUUGAUAUGCCUCACUUUAUCCUACAUUACCAGCAAGUAAGUGAGAUAUUCACACACUUGGAUUAUCCAGAUAAUCAAAGCUUACCCUUUUAAGCAAUAAAAUUUAUUUCAUUUUGGCCAUUUUAAAUAGAAAUAUUUCCAAAAUAACUUCUCUACUUUUUUAAAGCAAUAUACUUAAUAUUUUUAAAUGAUUUUCUAAUAAUUAAUGGGCAUUACUGUGAAUUUCGCCUAUUAUAUUGGACCCAAAUAUAUUAACAUGGCUAGAAGCUAUUGAGGAGUAUUUCCCUUCUCACUAAAUGACCCUAGUUUGCUAUAUUUUCAAACCUUAUGUCUAUUUCUUAUACCUUUAUUACCACCUAAAGAUGCGACCCAUUGACCCGAGGUUGGGUGGGAAUGUGCCUGCCCUAAUCAGUUCUGCAUUUCCUUUGUAAUUUACUGCAAGCCAAGAUCCAGGCCACCAAGUGCAUAGGGAAUUUGUCUAAAAUGAAAAAUAAGAUGCCCAAGGAGGAACUUAAGGUGCUUUGCUAUGGAUUAAUAUGUACUUUUUGAAAACUAUGGAGCCUGGGAAACAUUUUUACUUUUUAUUAAGGUUCUAAAAUAUGUUACAGAUACUUGUAAGAAUUUUUAAAUAAGAGUAAAUAUGGGGGUGCCUGGCUGGCUCAGUCCAUAGAGUAUACAACUCUUGAUCUCAAGGUCAUGAGUUUAAGCCCCAUGUUGGGCAUAGGGAUUAUUUACAUUUUUUUAAUUAAAAAAAAAAAGUAAAGAUGUUUCUAUUGAAGUUUUUACCCUAUGAAUUAAGUGUGUAUCCUCUGAAGUAUGGACUGUUGGAAUAUCUUUGUAUACCUGGGCUUUGUUUUUUCAAAGGUUCUAUCUGUGUUACAGACUCUUGAGUUUGCUAGAUACAUGGUCUCUAGAUAAAUUAUUUUAUCUACAAUAAAAAUAUACCAAUACACCUGUGGCCUAUUUUAAAGAGGAAAAAGCAACAUAAUGAGAAAUUAUGGUAACUAUAAGGUAAUUAAGCAUAUGUCAUUGUUUUAAAGAGCUCCCAAACUACCGAGGCAAUUUGUUUUACAUAGUGAUUUUAUUUUAUUCUAACUCAUAUAAUGGAGUCAUAAGAAAUAAGAUGUAGACAUACUGAGAUGUGAUUAAGGGGAGAUCUAGUCAGAUUUUUCAAAUAAUGAUAAUCGGAAAAUGUUCAGGGUUGGGGGAACACAUAAGACUCUUAUUGGUGACUGAUGUAUCAAAGUGUCCAAGCUUGGCAUUGAAAACUGAGUCAAUUGCAUAUGGAAGGAAGUACUAUUCUUACUUGUGUAUUCUUGCCAAUAACCAACUAUAGUCCCAGUUUUAUUAUGUAAUAUCAGUGGAAUUAAACACAACUUGAGGGGCACCUGGCUGGCUCACUUGAAAGAGCAUGUGACUGUUGAUCUCAGGAUUGUGAGUUUGAGCCCCAUGUUUGGUGUAGAGAUUUUUUAAAUAAAAUAUUAAAUAAAUUUUAAAAAAUAAGUUUAAAUGCAUGAUCAUAGUUAUAAAAAAUAAACACAAAGAACUUGAAAGCAGUCAAUUGUGAAAAGUAGUUGUGAUCAGGUAGUUUUAUUAUGUAAAUUUGCACAUUUUUUUAAAAAUCCCAAACAAGUUCUAUUUUGGGUUUAGGAGGUCCUAUGGUAGACAGCCAUGGGUCAUAAAGAUAAGCCUGAAAGAAUGCUACUAUUAAAAGCAUAGCAUUAAUUUCUGGAAUCUUAACAUUAAAUCCCUUGACUUCUGAAUGUCUUAAGUUCUUAUCUGUGUGCACUGACAAAAUUGUUUUUGUUUACUUUUAUUUCAAUGCUAAUAAAAUAGAUUCUGAACUUCA